ACAUCGUCGACACCGCCCAUACACCCUAAAUAGGCCUGUUAUCCGUUGCAAAUUUAAUCUCGGCAAAGAUGUCUAAGCAAGAGGCGGAUGACUAUUAUGACUUUGGUUCUUUCCACCGGCCGGUGACCACCACCAGCCAUCAGGCCCAAGUCUGGUUCAACCGCGGACUCAUCUGGACAUAUGCCUUCAACCACGAAGAAGCAGCCAACUGUUUUCAGAAAGCCAUCGCACACGAUGCCACCUGUGCUAUGGCGUAUUGGGGUCUCGCAUAUACCCUAGGUCCCAACUACAACAAACCGUGGCAAGCGUUCGACGAGCACGAACUCACCGACGCCGUUCAGCGCACCCACCAAGCCGUGGCAGAGGCACAGAAACAUGCCACCACAACAAAACCCGUGGAAGCGGCGCUUAUUGGAGCCAUGCAAUAUCGCUACCCGCGGAAUGUAGCUCCAGAGGACUUUGCCUGCUGGAACAAGGAAUAUGCGGACGCGAUGAAGUCUGUCUACCUACGCUUCUCCAAUGAUAUGGACGUUGUAGCCUUGUACGCGGAUGCGAUGAUGAACUUGACCCCGUGGGCGCUUUGGGAUUUACGUACGGGCCAGCCGGCACCUGAGGCCCGUACUGUGGAAAUCAAGAAGGUCCUGGAUCUCGCACUAACGCAGGACGAGGCUCUGCGUCAUCCGGGAGUCCUGCAUCUAUACAUUCAUUUAAUGGAGAUGUCCAGCGAGCCGGAAACGGCACUCAGAGCUGCCGAUCAUCUACGGGGCCUGGUGCCUGAUGCGGGCCAUCUCAACCACAUGCCGACUCAUUUGGAUAUCCUCUGCGGGGAUUAUAGGCGGGCGAUUGCGUCGAACUCGGACGCGAUUCGGGCGGAUGAGAAGUUCCUUUCCCGCGCGGGCGCGGUCAACUUCUAUACCCUGUAUCGGUCCCAUGAUUAUCAUUUCCGGGUGUAUGCCGCUAUGUUUGCGGGACAGUCGCGAGUUGCAUUGGACACGGUGAAGAGUCUAGAGUCGUCUAUUCCGGAGCAGCUCCUGCGCAUUGAGUCCCCGCCGAUGGCUGACUGGCUGGAGAGCUUUGUGGGUAUGCAAGUGCAUGUUCUUAUUCGCUUUGGACGUUGGGAUGAUCUCAUCGGCCUCGAAUAUCCGCAAGACACGCAGUUAUAUUGUGUCACGACGGCGAUGAUUCACUACGGAAAGGGGGUGGCGCUGGCUGCGCUUGGAAGAGUGGAAGAGGCGAGCCAAGAGAGGUUGUUGUUCAAGGUGGCUGCCAAACAAGUACCUGAUAGCCGGAUGCUGUUCACCAAUAAAUGUUCAGAUAUCCUGGCUGUGGCUGAAGCCAUGCUGGACGGGGAACUGGAGUAUCGCCGUGGCAAUUUCGAUGUGGCAUUUGGUCAUUUGCGGCGAUCGAUCACUCUGGAUGACGACUUGCCAUAUGAUGAGCCGUGGGGAUGGAUGCAACCUACCCGCCAUGCAUAUGGCGCGCUUCUGCUCGAGCAGGGUCAUGUCCAAGAGGCAGCUGCCGUGUACCAGGCUGAUCUCGGAUUUGAUGAUACCCUGCCUCGCGCGAGGCAGCAUCCGAACAAUGUGUGGGCGUUGCAUGGGUAUUAUGAAUGCCUGACCAAACUCGGGCGCACGGCCGAAGCUCAAAUUGUGAAGCCCCUCUUGAAGCAGGCAGUCGCAACGGCCGAUGUUCCAGUUAGGUCUUCGUGUUAUUGUCGCCAGGGUAUGUAGGGACGUCAGGAUAGUGAUCAGCGUAGAUAUCAGCUAAUCCUACACUAGGAAAUGCGUUACCCACAAGAGAGACUAAACCGCUAUCUUCUCGAUUCUAGGCUGUUUGCUAACACAACUUAAUCAGUCAGUGUGGGCCCCUAAC